GACGUUGCAAAUUCGGUAGCCAGUGUCAAAACGAACAUCGGGGUCAACCAUCAUACGGAGGAAAUUCACGUUAUAACAAUCCGCAACGUUCAGAUAUAUAUGAUCGAAUCAGUUAUGUUUCGGGUUCAACAAAUAAUAACAAAACUUACGAUGAAAGGAGUGUAAGAACAGAUCUGACCAAAGACCGGCCUAUAUUUCGGUACUCGGUCUAUGGACCAGGAAAAGAAGAACCCAAUCUAGUAGAUGGUACGGACUACUCACCAGAAGAGUUGCGACUUCAAUAUUAUGUAAUUAUGGGAACUGUCGGAAAUGAUAUACAAUACCAAAAUGGUGUUAAGGAUCUGGAAAAUCGCACGCAAACGCAAAUAGAUUCUUGUCUUAAAGACUUGCGUAAUUCACUCAACAGAUUCGAGUCACAAAAACAGCAAAAGCAACAAUCCUCAUUUGAAGUAUUUGGUAGUAGUGGUGGCGCAUUUGGACAACCGCAGCCACAGGGAUUCGGAACACCUCAAAACACAUUUGGAGCUUCUAAUACCAAUCAACCAUCCACGUUUGGAACACCUGGUUUUGGACAAAAUACAAUUGGAUUUCCAGAAACUCAACAAGGGUUUGGGACACCUAUGGGUGGGAUCGGUUUCGGUCAAAAUGUAUCUGGUUAUGUUGUACCAACACAAACAGCAGUAACUCCGGCCAUAUUAAAAUACUAUGUCAUAGACCGUAAUUAUUGUAGUCCUAACAGAGGUAAUGGGCAUUAUAAAGUGGUUUGUUAUCAUUACCCAACUGCUUGGGAACGUGAAAAACCACUAGUUAUGAAAGCAUAUUUGGCCAAUCACUGUGUAAAUUGUCCUGAAAAUAUUAGCAAUUAUUAG